UACCAAAGAUUAUAUUCAAUUUUUUAACUCUUAAAGUAUAAUAAAUAUUUUUUAAAUGGUGCAUACCACAAUUUAGAGGAAUUAACUCGAAUGUCUUAGCAAAAACGAUAAGAAACGCUUACUCAAUUAAAGUGAAUAAAUUGAUUAUUAACAUUAUUUACAUCAUGUGAAAUGUAAAUUAUAUCAUAAAUUGGUUUAAUUUAAUAAAAUAGUAAAGUACAUAAGUACUUUAUAAAUGUUUUAUGUUAUUUAUUAUAUGCGUCCAGUAAUACCGCAAGAUUUUAAGGCUUGUCCCUAUUAGUGUGCUCUCCUGUUUUCACUGUCAGCCGGCUGACUCGGCUAACCCAUAACCUAAUGUGAAAUGGUCGUGAUGUGACACGCAUUAUUGAAAUUGUAAACCGCGUGAAUCUCUUUGGAUGUGACAGUGCAUUGUACACAUUGAAAUUUAAUUACGUUAAAAUGAACAGCAAGUAUAAGCGUAUAGUAUAUGAUAAAGAGGUGAUGGAUAAAGCUAUAGAAGCAGUAAAAUCAGGAACACCGAUAAAUACUGCCAGCAAAUUAUAUAAGGUUCCACGAUCAUCUCUUCAUAGCAAGAUUAUAAAAAAAUAUAAUCAUGAAAAGACUGGACCAGGUACCGUAUUAACUUCGGAAGAAGAAAAUAAUCUUGUGCAGUGGAUUCUCCAUAUGUGUUCUGUUGGCUGUCCAGUAAAUAAAGAUCAUUUAAUCAAUAGUGUGGCGGUAUUAAUAAAAAAAUUAAAUAAACAGACUCCUUUCAUUGAUGGACGACCAGGUCGUCACUGGUACGAAGGCUUCCUUCGUCGACAUCCACUGCUGAGAAAGAGAAUUAGUGAGAAUGUUUCGCUCUCUAGAGCCUUAGUUAGUGAAGAGUCUGUUAGAAAGUGGUUUAAAGAUGUUGGAUAUUAUUUAAAAGAAAAGAAUCUUGAAAAUAUUGAUAGUUCCAGAAUUUUUAAUACAGACGAAACAGCUUUGUUAUUGAAUCCUAAAGCAGGCUCUGUGUUGGCAAGAAAAGGAUCUAAAAAUGUUUACAACAUAGUAAAUAACAAUGAAAAAGAAAAUCUGACAGUAUUAAUUACCGGCAAUGCUGCAGGUCAGUUGGCUCCAACGUUGGUUGUGUUUAAUUACAAGCGAGUACCUAAUCCUAUUUAUAGUACUCUACCACAAGAAUUUCAUGUUGGCAAAUCCGAAAAGGGAUGGAUGACUGCAAUGCUCUUUUAUGAAUAUAUAGCUAAUAAAUUUUUGCCUUGGAUUGUUGCAAAUAAUAUCCAGUUACCAGUAAUUUUAUUUUUGGAUGGUCACGUAUCCCAUCUAACACAACCAUUAAGUGAAUUCUGCCACACACAUCAAAUAGUAUUAAUAAAUUUACCACCUAACACAACCCAUUUUAUGCAACCAAUGGAUGUUAGUAUGUUCUCGCCAUUAAAAGACUAUUGGAAGAAAGAAGUAAAUAAUUACAGGAUAGAAAAAGAAGUUCUGAGUGUUAGUAAAAAAGAUUUUGCACCUUUACUGGAAAAAGUUUUCAAUAAUAUGGAUCUUGGAAAAAUUUUAUCAAAUGGUUUUCAAAUUUGUGGUUUGCAUCCAUUCUCUGUUGAAGCAGUAGAUUUUACAAAAGUUUUUAUUCGAUCUAAGAACCAGCCAAAUACUGAAACCACUUCAAAAAAUGAUUUAACAACUCAAUUAGUACUCGUCCAAUCUAUUCAAAAAUAUAUUGACCAAUCAACGCUGGAAACAUUCAGAUCCUGUAAAAAUGUGGAAAAAUGGGCGGGACCAACUGAAGACAAAAAUCUUUUUUAUCUCUGGCAAAAAAUAUUAAAUGAUUAUGAUCAGAUUGUCGCUGAAUGUAAUUCUAAGGUCAAUCAGAAUGAGAUGUCUGUGGAAUCAGAACAAGUAAACGAUGAAGCUGAUAUUUCUCAAAGUAAACCAUACUCACAAAUUAUGGAUAGUGAGGCAAAUGUACAGCCGCUGAAUGAAAUUCUACAUGCAGAAGAUUCGAAUGCAAAAAUGGUUAUCUUGCAAGAUAAUGAUCAGAAGAAGUAAAUUCUAAUAUUAUUUGUACUUUUUACAUGGAUGAUGACGGAAAUGUUAAAC